UUCAAGUCGAAUACCAAGUGUGGACACAUGUUUAGUUACAAGACUACAUCAGAAAUAGCAUCACCAUGUUGCUAAAAGCAUUAAGUUUUAUUGUAGUCAUCCAAGUUGUUGCAAUAAGCGGUUAUCCACAGGAAUUCAUGAUAAAGAACAAGAAAUCGGGAAUGGUUUUGGACGGAACAAAACAAAAGAUAAAUAUAACGGGAUGGGCACAUAAAAAUUCACAACUGUGGACUAUAGAAUUCAGUAGUAUCCCUGGAUAUUAUAUUAUUAGUAAUGUUGCAAACAGGAAAGCUCUUGAUGCCAGUCCUUUAACCAAAGCGCUGUCGACUUACCCAAAACAUGGAAAGCGAACCCAAAGGUGGAAAUUGACAACCAUCGAUGAGACGCGAUUUCAAGUUCAGCGGCAUCCCAACGAUUUUAUGAUUCAAAAAAAUGACAAAGUGGUACUCGGUCCUAAACAGAACGACGACAGCGACAAAUGGAUACUGGUUGUAGCUCACUCAGUGUAAUUUAAUUACAGUGUACUAAAAUACUUUUUAUUGAAAUUGUAACGUGUGUAUUAU